GGCGACCCGCUGAAGAGGGGAGCGACGAGACGGGGACCUGCUUACCAACUAUGUCGCAUACGUUUAAGCCGGGAGACCUAGUGUUCGCCAAGAUGAAGGGAUACCCGCACUGGCCGGCCCGGGUUGACGAUGUCAAGGAUGGAGCCGUGAAACCCCCGCCCAGCAAGUACCCUAUAUUCUUCUACGGUACCCAUGAAACUGCUUUUUUGGGAGCAAAGGAUCUUUUUCCAUUUGAAAAGUACAAGGAUAAAUAUGGCAAACCCAAUAAAAGAAAAGGGUUUAAUGAAGGUCUUUGGGAAAUUCAGAAUAAUCCAGAAGGCAACUACAAAUUUCCUCCACCAUCAACCAAUUCAUCGGAUAGUGAAGCACCAAAUGAGAAUGGUUGUGAUGUAGAAAAACUGACUGUAACUAAUUCUGACUCCUCAUCAAGUGCAGAUGAAAGCGGUGAAAAGCAACAGCCUAAAUCUGCAGUGUCUCCCCCGCAUUCAUCCAGCGAAAUGGAUCCCGAUAGUGUUUCUUCUUCUGAAGCAGAGAAUUCUGACAGUGACAAGGAUUUCACCCCAGAAAAAAAUCUUCCAUGUGCCAAAUUGAAGACCGUAAACUCAGGGCGAGAGUCCCAGAUAAAAACAGAUUCUGAUGCAAAGUCUGGCUCUGAAAGUGAUGUGGUGAAAUGCUCCUCGUCAUCCUCCUCUGAGAAACCUGUUAAGAAGGCUCGCAGAACUCCCAGGGCAUCAGGAAAAGGUUCUAAACCACAAACGUUGAAGUCCAAAGCUGUAUCUUCUGAAAGUUCUAGCAGUGAUAGUGACAGCUCACCAGAUCGGAUCAGUGAGUGGAAGAAGAGAGAUGAGGAAAGACAGAGGGCUCUGGAAGAGCGUCGCCGGAAGGAGCAGGAAGAUCAAUUGCGUAGGCUAAGAGAGGAGGAAAAAGAAGAGGAAGUGAGAAAAAAGAUGGAAAAGACUGAGAAGGGAAAAGCAGAUGGUGACCAUAAUAGCAGCAGUAGUAGUGAUAACGAACAGCUUUCUAAACCUGUGAAGAGGCCGCAGUCUCAUUUUGAUUCUGAAAAAGAAAAGCCGAGGAAAAAAACAGGUCUCUCAUCUGGAAAUGCUAAGCGAGAGCGACGACAUACAGAGUCAGAUUCUGACAGUGUGAAAAAGGUCAAGACCAUAAAAAAACCAAAGGCGUCAGCUGCCGGGAGGAAACCUAAUCGGAAAGAAAGACGUGGCGACAGACCAGUGGGAAGAACAUCAAAGCAAGAAAAAUCGACAAACAAACUUGAGGUCAUAAGUGAUCGAAAAGUUGAGAAGAAAGAGCCCAAUGUUGAGGAGGAACUCCAGAAGUUGCACAGCGAGAUCAAAUUUGCACUGAAGGUGGACAGUCCUGAUGUACAGAAAUGCUUAGAUUCUCUUGAAAAGUUGGGAAGUCUUCAGGUGACCUCUUGCAUACUACAAAAGAACACUGAUCUGGUGGCUACACUUAAAAAGAUCCGUCGAUAUAAAGCUAAUCGGGCUGUUAUGGACAAAGCUUCUGAAGUUUACAGCAGAAUCAAAGCUAGUAUUCUCGGCUCAAAGCUGGGAAGCCAACAGAAAAUAAAUGUGGGGGACAACAGUAGUCAACAGUUAGAAACUACUAAGGAACAAGUGGAAGCUUUUCCGUUAAAUGGAGAUUUGGUGUCUCUUGAAAAUGAAGACAAGAGAGAUGAUCAGAAUCCCAUACCUGUCCAGAAAUCUCCUGAGGAAGAAUGCAACUGAGUCCAUUUCAUUUUGAAUAAUCAGAGUUCCUAAGAAGCUGAGGAGCCAAACACUAUGAAUUACUUGUUGUUGUAAACUGCCUUUGAAAUGAAGAUAUUGUACCUUGGAGCUUGUAUUUGGAUUAUUUUUUUGUUUUGCUUAGAUAUUUUUGCGCUUCUGUGAAUUGACAUGAACAUAAAUGUUUUUUAUUAAUAACAUACUGUAUAUGAGUAUUUUUUAGGUGUUAUUGUAAUCUAUUUUGUUGGUUAUAAAUAUGCUGAAUCAAAUAACAUUUCUAUAUAUUCCUACAUACAUUAUUGAUGUAUGGUCACUUGUCUGUAAAACAUACUCCUGUCUGGAAGUUUUGUUAUUAUGAGUUUUAUAGAUAUUAAAAAGCUGA